GUUGCGAUCCCGAACGCGGCCGGCCUCGUUUGUCUCACGCGGCGGCCCGUCCCCGCGGUGCAUUGUGGGCCGCAGCAAUAUGGCCGCCUCCUUGGUGUGCGGCUGAGGGGAGUUUAAUUCUCCGGCGCUGCAGAUCGGUUCCCCUCCCACGGGGGCCGAAGCCAGCCGAGCCGCCAGGGGCCCGUGUGCGUGGGGAGGAGCCGGGGGAGGGCACGAUGGGCCGAGCUCGGCUCCCGCCCCAGCAGCCGGGGAGCGUGCAUUGCCCGCGGGGCUAGAGGCCCGGUCCCCCCCGGGUGCUUCCAGCGACACCUCAGCCCUCCCCGGGGUCGCGGAGAGCCCGGCCGGGGCUGCUGUCUGCGGACGCCCCCGAGGAGGAGACUCGCCGGCUCUGAGCCCCGCUGCCCCGCAGACACCUGGGACAGGGGCCCGCUGUUCCCCUCUGCACCUGGGAAAGGGGCACGCAGAGCUCCAGCCGGAACACUCCCCUUCUACCUCUCAGAGCCCCGCCCGGAAUAGGGACCCCACCGGCCCCUUCCUCUCCCCAGCGUGUGCCGGGCUGGGGAUUGCUGAGCACUUGCCGCCUGGCCCCCUUCUCCCCUGAUGGAGUCCGAGAUGCUGCAGUCGCCUCUCCUGGGGCUCGGGGAGGAGGAUGAGUCAGACCUGACUGACUGGAACUUGCCUCUGGCCUUCAUGAAGAAGCGGCACUGUGAGAAGAUUGAGGGCUCCAAGUCUCUGGCCCAGAGCUGGAGGAUGAAGGACCGGAUGAAGACUGUUAGUGUGGCCUUAGUUUUGUGCCUAAACGUAGGUGUUGACCCUCCUGAUGUGGUGAAGACAACUCCCUGUGCGCGUCUGGAGUGCUGGAUAGAUCCUCUGUCAAUGGGUCCUCAAAAAGCUCUGGAAACCAUUGGUGCAAAUUUACAAAAGCAGUAUGAAAACUGGCAGCCCAGGGCCCGGUACAAGCAGAGCCUCGAUCCUACUGUGGAUGAAGUUAAGAAACUAUGUACAUCGCUGCGUCGAAAUGCCAAGGAAGAGAGGGUUCUCUUUCACUACAAUGGGCAUGGUGUUCCCAGGCCAACAGUGAACGGGGAGAUCUGGGUCUUCAACAAGAACUAUACUCAGUAUAUUCCACUAUCCAUAUAUGACCUGCAGACUUGGAUGGGCAGUCCCUCCAUUUUCGUCUAUGAUUGCUCCAAUGCUGGCCUUAUUGUCAAGUCAUUCAAGCAAUUUGCACUACAGAGGGAGCAAGAGUUGGAGGUUGCUGCAAUUAACCCUAAUCAUCCACUUGCUCAGAUGCCUUUGCCCCCGUCAAUGAAGAAUUGCAUUCAGCUGGCAGCAUGCGAAGCCAACGAGUUGCUACCUAUGAUCCCUGACCUGCCGGCUGACCUUUUCACAUCAUGCCUUACUACACCAAUCAAAAUUGCUCUGAGGUGGUUUUGCAUGCAGAAGAGUGUCAGAUUGGUGCCAGGAGUCACGCUGGAUUUAAUAGAGAAGAUUCCUGGCAGACUGAAUGACAGGAGAACUCCUCUGGGAGAACUGAAUUGGAUCUUUACAGCAAUCACAGACACCAUUGCAUGGAAUGUGCUGCCACGAGAUCUCUUCCAGAAGCUCUUCAGGCAGGAUCUGCUGGUGGCUAGCCUAUUUCGUAACUUCCUGUUGGCAGAAAGGAUUAUGAGGUCUUACAACUGUACCCCUGUCAGCAGCCCACGUCUACCUCCAACAUAUAUGCAUGCAAUGUGGCAAGCUUGGGACCUCGCAGUUGAUAUUUGCCUUUCCCAAUUACCAACAAUCAUAGAGGAAGGAACUGCAUUCCGGCACAGCCCAUUCUUUGCUGAGCAGCUGACAGCAUUCCAGGUGUGGCUAACGAUGGGAGUGGAGAACCGGAACCCGCCAGAACAACUUCCAAUAGUUCUGCAGGUGUUGCUGAGCCAGGUGCAUCGGCUGCGAGCUCUUGAUUUGUUGGGAAGAUUUCUGGACCUGGGUCCCUGGGCAGUUAGCUUGGCGCUCUCUGUUGGCAUUUUCCCUUAUGUGCUGAAGCUGCUUCAGAGUUCAGCUCGGGAACUGAGACCACUUCUUGUCUUCAUCUGGGCCAAAAUUCUUGCAGUGGACAGUUCAUGCCAAGCCGACCUCGUGAAGGACAACGGUCACAAAUAUUUCCUUUCGGUCUUGGCAGAUCCCUACAUGCCAGCUGAACACAGGACUAUGACUGCUUUCAUUUUGGCUGUGAUCGUCAACAGCUACAACACAGGGCAGGAAGCCUGCCUUCAAGGAAACUUGAUUGCCAUCUGCCUGGAGCAGUUAAAUGAUCCGCACCCUCUACUGCGCCAGUGGGUGGCUAUUUGUUUAGGACGUAUCUGGCAGAAUUUUGAUUCCGCACGGUGGUGUGGCGUGAGAGACAGUGCCCAUGAGAAGCUCUACAGUCUCCUCUCAGACCCCAUCCCAGAGGUUCGCUGUGCUGCAGUCUUUGCACUGGGCACAUUUGUGGGCAACUCGGCUGAGCGGACCGAUCACUCCACCACCAUUGAUCACAAUGUGGCCAUGAUGCUGGCACAGCUCAUCAACGACGGGAGCCCCGUGGUUAGAAAGGAGCUGGUGGUGGCUUUGAGUCACCUAGUGGUUCAGUAUGAGAGCAAUUUCUGCACUGUUGCCUUGCAGUUUAUGGAAGAAGAGAAGAAUUAUCCUCUGCCCUCUCCAGCUACCACAGAGUGUGGGAGUUUGACGCCAGUGCGAGAUGGUCCAUGUACUCCGAGACUUCGUUCCGUCAGCUCCUAUGGGAACAUCCGAGCGGUCACCACAGCUAGGAACCUGAACAAGUCUCUGCAGAACCUCAGCUUGAACGAAGAAUCUGGCAGCUCUGUUGCGUUUUCUCCCGGGAAUCUCAGCACAAGCAGCAGUGCUAGCAGCACCUUGGGCAGCCCUGAGAACGAGGAGUAUAUCCUGUCAUUUGAGACCAUCGACAAGAUGAGAAGAGUGAGCUCCUACUCCUCGUUGAAUUCACUGAUCGGAGUUUCUUUCAAUAGUGUUUACACCCAAAUUUGGAGAGUCCUUCUACAUCUGGCUGCUGACCCCUAUCCUGAUGUCUCAGAUGUGGCCAUGAAAGUGCUCAACAGCAUUGCCUACAAGGCAACAGUAAAUGCCCGCCCCCAGCGCAUCCUCGACAGCUCCUCCCUCACGCAGUCUGCCCCAGCCAGCCCUACCAACAAGGGCAUGCACAUCCACCAAGUGGGAGGGUCUCCUCCAACUACCAGCACAAGCAUCUCCAGCCUGACAAAUGAUGUGACAAAACCACCAGUCAGCCGGGACCUCCCAUCUGUAAGACCUUCAAAUGUAGGCAGUCUCGGGGUCCAGUACACCCCCCACUCCCACCAGUUCCCCAGGACGAGGAAAAUGUUUGACAAAGGGCCAGAUCAGACCACUGAUGAUGCAGAUGAUGCUGUUGGACACAAAAUCUUCAUUUCAGCCACAAUGCAGACAGGAUUUUGUGACUGGAGCGCAAAAUAUUUUGCUCAGCCGGUCAUGAAGAUUCCAGAAGAGCAUGAUUUGGAGAGCCAGAUCCGCAAAGAGAGGGAAUGGCGGUUUCUACGCAACACCCGCGUCAGAAAGCAAGCACAGAAGAUCAUCCAGAAGGGUAUUUCACGGCUAGAUGAUCAAAUCUUUCUGAACAGGAAUCCAGGCGUUCCUUCCGUGGUGAAGUUCCAUCCAUUCACACCAUGUAUAGCAGUAGCUGAUAAAGACAGCAUCUGUUUUUGGGAUUGGGAGAAGGGGGAGAAACUGGACUAUUUCCACAAUGGGAACCCUCGCUAUACCAGGAUCACAGCAAUGGAAUACCUGAAUGGACAAGACUGCUCUCUGCUCCUGACUGCCACAGAUGACGGUGCUAUCAGAGUGUGGAAGAACUUUGCAGACCUGGAAAAGAAUCCCGAGAUGGUGACUGCCUGGCAGGGCUUGUCGGACAUGUUGCCAACCACACGAGGUCUGGCCCGAAGGGUUUCAAUCUAUCUUGACAGAAGUAAACAGGGAGGAGCGGGGAUGGUGGUGGACUGGGAACAAGAGACUGGGCUUCUCAUGACAUCAGGAGAUGUGCGGAUUAUCCGGAUCUGGGACACAGAUCGAGAAAUGAAAGUACAGGAUAUCCCCACAGGAGCUGACAGCUGUGUGACCAGCCUGUCGUGUGACUCUCACCGCUCAUUGAUCGUGGCAGGGCUCGGUGAUGGCUCCAUCCGUGUCUAUGACAGGAGGAUGGCUCUGAGUGAAUGCCGCGUCAUGACCUACCGGGAGCACACAGCCUGGGUCGUGAAAGCAUAUUUGCAGAAACAUCCUGAAGGCAACAUCAUGAGUGUCAGUGUGAAUGGAGAUGUCCGUUUCUUCGACCCCAGGAUGCCAGAAUCUGUGAAGGUUCUUCAGAUAGUCAAAGGGCUGACCGCCCUGGACAUUCACCCACAGGCCAAUCUGUUUGCAUGUGCCGCUUCAUUCCCAUGUGUGCAGUUCAGUGGCUCAAUGAAUCAGUUCACUGCAAUCUACAAUGGGAAUGGAGAGCUGAUCAACAAUAUCAAAUACUAUGAUGGAUUUAUGGGACAGAGAGUUGGAGCCAUCAGCUGCCUGGCUUUCCAUCCUCAUUGGCCUCACCUGGCAGUUGGAAGCAAUGACUACUACAUCUCCGUGUACUCGGUGGAAAAGCGGAUCAGAUAACAGCAGCCUCACUGGAGAAAGGGAGAGUCCCAGCGGGCAGGGCCAUGUCUCACCUGUAAUGUAGAUAGAGAAAUGAUCGACGUGAAUGUUUAGUGUUGGCUGCUGCUGCUGCCACCCAUAACCUGAACAUAUUUUUUUCUUCUGACUCAGCUACUGAUGACUUGCAGAGGUGGAAAGAGAGACAAUCUCCUGUUUUCAUUUCAGCCGUAACCUCUAAAAACUACAGAAAAGGAACAUUUCUUUUUUGUUUUCAAUGGUUGCUUCUGUUACAAACAUGGUUCCAAGGCUCCAAAGGACUGGAUGAGACAAUACCUUUGUGAGGGGCUUUUUAUUUGAGUCUUUGUUCCUUUGUUUCAUGGGGGUCUAGGUAACUUAAGGAAUGAAGUCAGGACUCACCUACAGCUCCAUGCUUUCUCACCCUACCAAGUGACCCCUCUGUUACGUAUCCUGUGCCAAAGAGCAGUCCCUCUGGCAGACAACAGGAUCCCAGCUGGCCGCCUGCAGAAUAUCACACCUAGUCUUGAGAAAUCUGUCUGUAACAGAGAGAAGGGAGACAGGAAAUCAUCUGCUGUGCUUGCUGGCCUCCCUCUCUCGUGUUCCUUCUCCAGUGGAAGUACAGACAGAGCGAGCGGAUGAGUGUGCAAGGCAGCGAGGAGGAAGAGGGAAGGUGGUUGCAGGUAAGGAGAAUAGGAGCAGUGUGGAACACUGACAGGCCAUAUAGCUCUGCAUCCAGAUGGAGGAGAACCAAGAAAAUGAGCAACAUCCUCUGUGCCCUAAGGAAAUUGGAUCGUCACUGAUGUCACUACUUUCUGUUCAUGGGCACCUUCGUAUGUCAGUGCAGAUGAAUGGGGUGAAAGACUUUGUCUUAUUCACUCCAUUGUUUCAGGAGUCGCUGUCCCUUUGCCCACAGUACGCCCCCAAAGCACAUGAGAUGUCCUGACAACUGCAGACAGAGAGAGGGCUUGUUGUAGCCCUGCCUUAAACCGUAGGCUUUCCUUUUGCUCAGAAGUGCUAAUAUUCGGCUAGCUAAUGGACGUGAACAUUUUCUCAUACGUGACUGUAUGCACCCAGCUGUAUACAUGUGCAUUUGCAUGCACCUUGGUGUAUAUGCAUCUGGGCAUAUUUGUAUGUGUCUGUAUGAACCCAGGCAGAUACGCAUUGCAUUGGCAUGUCCUUGUGUGUUGACACAUCUGGGCAUCCAUGUGUAUGUUCUGAUCACAAGAGAAUCACUGUCCUGGAGGGAGAGGGGCCAACAGCAGAUCCUUCUGCCUUGUGCAAGACCAUCUUGUCCCCAAUGUCUAGGGAAAGCUAAUACCCUCUCCCACUCCUUUCAUGCCUGUUGGUAAUGAAGAUUCCUGUCCCUUGGAAUCCAUAGUGUGUCUGGAGAUUGAUUUGGGGAAGGAGGUGGCAAAGCUGAAGGGAGCAUUUCCCCAGUAAAGUACUGUCUAGAUGUGAAUCAGCUGGGCGGGAAGAACAAAACCCUGUAAAGUAACAAUGAUGAUGCUAAGCUAUCCAAAUCUAGGAAAACUCUCUCCAUUCUGGUUCUGGCAUCACCGUUACUCACAGGCCAGCAGAGAUACCUAAGUCAAUGACAGUAGUGUUAAUGAGAAAAGAAAUGAACAACAUUGUUGCUUUUUGUUGUGGGCAGUAGCUUCACCUCCCCCACUGAACUCAGCUGGGGAUGGCUGACCGUGUCCCUGCACGUAACAUGCCAGAGCAUUUUGCUUCCGGAGAUGCUCAUUCAGCAUUCACGCAGCCUGAAUGCAGCCAGGCAAUGCCAUGGCAUCAGAAUCACCCAGGAUGCUAUUGUGCUCUGCCGUUAAAAGUCAAAUAGUAAAACGCUGCUGUCUGCAAAUCUCAAAGUAUUCCUGUUGCAAGGUGGCUUGAGCUGAGGGGACUGAGGCAGGUACCCCAGCUGGGGCACUCCCCCCACUCACAAGCACAGCUGCAGCCUUCUGUACCCUCGGGUGAUCUACGGGCCACCUCACAGGAUGCUGAAUCGAAAGCGAUGGAAGGAAAUCUGGAGGAGCUGCUGUUUUACCUAAACCUCUGUGUUUUUCUACAAUGUGGACUUCCAAAAGUUAGUGAUGAGUUUAAAAAAAAAUUGCCUCUCUUGGUUGCCCAUUGAGCUGCUGUUACACACAGAUUUACUUGCCCCAGUGUCUGUUACAGUGGUACCAGUCUCCACCCUCUGAUUACCAUGCCUGUCCCUCUGCGUGUGGCUCUGAGCUCAGGGAAUGGCCAAGGACCGGCGUGCUGGCCAGCAUUGAGACAGAGGUUGGGAUUUGCAGAUAACUGACUAACAUGCACUAUUUACAAACACCAUAGAUUUUUAACCUCAAUCAGUGGAUUUGUUUAAAGAACAAGCGAUACCUGGCAGAAUGCAAAGGUGCAUUGUGGGAAGCUGCUUUGUCUUCAUACCAGCAUUCCCUGAACGCCCUCCCAGCCUCUGCAGCCAGGAGUAUGGUUUUUAACUGACUCGGCCUGUUGAGCUUUCAUCUAAGCGUGUGUGCGUGUCUGGGCUCUGUUUUCACAGGUCUGAUGCAAAAAUUCAAUCAUGAAGUUUAACCAAGGCUCUGGAGAGCAUCCUACCUAAAAGUUCACUUAUCUCUAUUUAUUUUACAAAAAUAAAAAAGAUAUUAAAAAAAAUAAACUCCGAGAUUGUAAUGUGAGAGUAAAAUAAAUACCAACAAUAAAUGGUUAAUAAAGUAUAAAUGCAGAAA